AUGCCGCCGCCGCGCGCUGCCCAUCCCGCCCGCCCCGGCGCGGCACCUCACCGCGGCGCCCCACGUCGGGCUGCCGUGCGGGGCGUGCGGGGCGCUGCUGAGCGUGCCGCCGGGGCUCGCGCGCUGCGGGUGCCCGGGACUGGAAAAGGAUGCCAAGAAUAUCCUGAUUCUGCAGUUUGUUUGGGACAUAUUCAAGGGCAUCCGGACAAUCAACUGGUUCAUGUAAAGCGAUUACAAGUCAGAUGUCGAAAUAAACAGUCACUUUCGGAGUAUCCCAAUACUGGUAAUGAUAUAUGCAUUGAUAUGUCAAAUGAGAUUAAUGAAAUGCACUGCCAUAGGACCAAAGUCUUGGUUGCUGCUAAAACUGUUAGUACAAAGUGGAGGCAAGUGGAAAGUCUAAACUAUGCCACAUAUCAGGCAGAUGCACAGCAAUCCUAUCAUUCAGUUCAUGCAGAACAUACAGACCAUGCAAUCCAUGUUGGAGAGGCACGAAAUGAAUCUCUUAGUCAUGCAAUUCACAGAAGUAUGGGGCACAUUGAGCUGAUUAAGGAGAAAACUGUGGUAAGGCAUACGAACCGGGUACCUGGUACCACUGUUUGCCCAACACCUGGAAAGACCGGGCCACCCAAAUUGCAUAGUCCUACUGAACAGGGCCCAGAACAUUGCAAUGAUAGCAUUCAGACAGAGGAGGCUGAGACUGAGAUGGGCCAGCUGACUGCAAGAUUGGCCCAUAAGAGCACAAAGAGGAAUUUGACGCCUUCAUCAAAUAAUGGGUCAGAGCAUAGGUGUAGUUCUGAAAAAGUCAGCCAUGAUUCCUCUAAUUCAUUGCGUCAACACAAUAUGCCUCAUAGAAGCUCUAAUGAGGCAGACAAUCAUCAUGCCACCACACAGUCUGCUUCUUCGAUUCCUGAUAUGUCCGAUCCUGAAAGCUUUGCACGUCAUUACUGUAAAAUACGCCCUCCAGAAGUUAGGAGAGCUCUUGAAAGGAGUCCUAAUUUAGGCAAUGCUGGUGGCAAGGAAAAGAAAAGACGUGGUCGUGGUCCUACACUCUGCCUUAAAGUCUGGACAAUGCCUGAGGGUGAAAGGAUUCCAGUGUCUUUCAAUGAUCUUGGUCAACCUGUCGGAAUUGAAGCUGUUACAUUGAGUAGCUUUCUGGGACAACUUGCCCGUGAUGUAACACUGGCACCUCUGACAUAUACAGAUUGGAGACAUUUUCCAAAGAAAAACAAGAAUGCAAUGUGGCAUUUAGUUAAUUUAUUUCCUGUCCUCCGGUGGUUGCCACAGUUCAAGUUUAUCAUCCCACCAAUUGGCGAAAUCUGGGUUAUGCAGGCAUUGGGGAAAAAAUGGAAGGACUGGAAAGGUAUCUUAAAACAUGAACGGUAUGAUGUUCAUGAGACAGAUGAGGAGCGUCUUGCUGACCGAGAUCCUCGUGUCCCAGAAGAACAAUGGAAACUCCUUGUGGCAUAUUGGGGCACUGAGAAGGCCAAGUUGUUAUUAUGUUAUAGGCUGCAAGUGCUCGAUCUAGAAAUUCUCAACGAUACCAACCUCUUCAUAGACACAGAACUGGAUCAAAGAGUUAUGCACGGAUACAGGAGGAGGAGCGGCAAAAGCGACCAAAUAUGGAGGGCAGAUAUAUACAUACUGAUCCCUAAAGAUGGGAAUGGAGACCUGGCAAAGCAACAGGUUGAGCCUUUUGGAAAGAUGGCUGCUAAGGUGUCACUGAGGCAAGUUCAAGAGGCUAAGCAUAAGGCUGAGGAGCCAGCCACACUGAGAAAGAAAAUGCUGGAAAUGGAAGAAAAUAACAGGAAGAGCCAGGGCAAAGAUGAUUCAAUACUCGUUCUCAGAACUAAUAUCUCCGAGCAUUGCCCCCAGCACCCAGCCGCCUCUAGCCGUCUCCAGCCACUCUCCUACUGCUGGAGUGGACAGGCGCCUAGGACUGAUCCAGUUUUGCGCUCUAGGUAG